AUUGAAAACCUCACAAAAUCCAUUCUUCACUAAAAUCUCUCUUCCAGUUCUCCCUCCUCUCAAUCUCACUUCACUCACUCAAAGUGGAUAAAAACACAGAAAAAUAAAGAACAUACAAGAAUAAGAAAAAGCAGAGAAAACUUGAAAAAAGAAAUGAGGUUAUCGUUUACUUCGAAACCCAUAUCUAGUCCUGGUAGGACAGAUAAAUUCCCACCUCCAUUAAUGAGAUUUUUACGAAGCAACAUAGGAAGCAAAAGCAAAGGAAGAACAACAAGAAAAAGCCCAUUAUUUUUAAGGCGCAAAAAAAACAUAACAACAUCAGCAAUCGAAACACAAGAACCUACUUCACCAAAAGUUACAUGUAUAGGUCAAGUUCGUGUGCGGCGUUCAAAGAAAAACAACCAAAACGAACCCAAAAAGAUAUGCGCAGGAAAUAAUUCCUACUCAUGUUGUUAUUGCUGCUUCCCAAAAUGUAGUACUAUUUUUCGUGGUCUAAAGAUAUGUAAACCACAUUUUAGGAAAUGGGUUUCGUUCUUUAACUGCAGAAGUGUGAAGGUGCGAACAGACUCGUCGAAGUUUGAUUCUAAUCGGUUCGAGACCGAAGAGGUGGGAGCAGCAAUGGAGGAGAGGGAACACCGGUGUUCUGUAUCGAUAGAGACGACAUCUAUCGAUACGACAACUACGACGACGACAACAACGAUGACUCCGCCGAAGAAUGCGUUAUUGUUAACAAGGUGUAGAUCUGCUCCUUACAGAUCUUCAUCAUUAGCGUGUCAGUUUUGGGGUUCACCGUUGAGAAAUGAGGAAGAGGGGGCAGAAGACAGAGUGUUGGGAAUUGAACUGAAAGAUUCCACAUCGGAAUCGACGAAAGAUCAAGGCAGUGAUGGAGAUGAACUUAAUAAUAAUAAUAAUAACAACAACAAUAAAGAGCUCGAAGUUUGUGCAAAAGUUGAAAGUCAAAAUUCGAAGAAUACAAGCACUAUAUUAAAGGAGGCGAAUAUUGAGAAUACGAGUUGUGCUGAUAUUAAGAAAGCGAAAGCGAAGGCAAUGGAUGAAAUUGUUGAUUGUAAUGACGAUGAAGAUGAAGGUGGUGUUGAUAAGAAGCCAUUGAUGUUAAUGAGAUGCAAGUCAGAGCCAGCUAGAAGUGAUACUCAGAAAUUUGAUCCACAAAGCAGUGCAUAUUGGAGACAUAGAAGGUUGGGUAAUACUGAAUCUAGUACACCACAUACACAUGCAGUUGAUUCAAAGUAAUUAAUUACUCUUUGGAAUAUACUAUGGAUUUUUUGUAUUUUUAUUAUUUGUCAUAACAUUGGAUACUUUUUGGAAAAAAAAAAUCACAAGUUACAACAAAGUUUUAUUUUGUUUUUGUGCA